UCGCGAGCCAGGCCAGUGUAUAUGUGCUACGGAGCGGAGCAGUAAAACUUUUGACAAUGUUAUUUAUGAUUAUAAGAAAGUGAAGAAGCAUAAUGCACUUUAAAACAUUCUUCAACAAGCUAAAAAAAAACUCUAAACAUAACACAACUGACUGAGAUGUGGCGAACGAUAAACAGUACUAGAGAAUGAACUUACAAACACAGUAGCCUGUGUAACUUAUCUAUAAAGAUUGUGUCUAGUUCUUACUUCCCUUUAUUAGAACUUACAAAAUAUACCAUGCUUCCAAAAGCGAGUCAAUUCGUAUAGUCAGUAAUUACAUUGUGCGUUAACGUCGUGAUAAAUUUAUACAACCAAAAAAUAUUUCACGUUGGCGAAAGGAUAGUUCAAUUAUAGUGUUCGUUUUUUAGAACAAACUUGUAUUUAAUUAUUUUGGUAGUAAAAGUGUAAUAAUGUCCUUAACAAUCCUUACAUAUUCUGCAAUAAAUUUGACUAAAUAUACCCACCUCGACCCGAGAGCUUUUUUCUCUUUUUGAUGUCGGGACGGCAAGUUAUAAAAAGAGAGACAAGGAGGAGGUUGCAAAUAAUAGAGUUCAUUUAUUUACUCAGAUUUGGUGAAAGAAAACAACUUUACUAAAAAAUUUAAUCAAGAAAAUAAAUUUGAAAAAGUCGUGAGCAUUCUCUGGUGCAUGUUAGCCAUUUUAAGUGUUGUGUUAAUUUGAUGUUCAUUACAAUCCAUAGAGUAAUUAAGUGAAACUAUAGUUAAAAGACAGAUGUCGUGUUUGGAAUUUUGUAAUCUCUAUUCGUAAUCUCCAUCAUAGAUGUACUAUUUGUAUAUCCAUGUCUCCAUACACCGCGUAUGAUGUAUGUAAUAAUUGAUUGAAGGUAUAACGGAAGAAUUUAAAACAGAUAUGUCAAAGAGAACCGAUGAAAUUUUCGAAGAUGAAAGUGGCUUGCUACAAACUUUGUCAAUACCAGCAAGUUUAGAGUUGGAUGGUGAAGAAUGGUGCCAUCUGAUUCAUACAGAUGCAAAUUUUGCUGCUCAAGUAGGAGUGUAUUUAUUAGAACGUUCGAAAGAUUUAGAAAUGAUCAUCACAGCUGCAGAAAAUGCAGCCAAUGAGCAACGAGAAAGAGCUGAUCAUUUCGAAAAACAAGUAAAAUAUCUGCGUAACACGUUGGAAAUUCAAACCAAAACUUACGACAGUUUCGAAAAACAAAUGGAAACGUUAACGAAAAACUAUCAACAAAUCAGCGAAGAAUGUCGGCAGUAUAGGGAAAGAAAUAAAAAUUUAUGGACAUCAGUAGAAUCAUUAGAAUCGAAAUGUGAAGAAUACUUAAAUGAAAUUAAAUCAUUAAAAUCUAAAGAGACUUCAUAUGCAACACCAAUGCAGUUGCAUGUUCCAGUCACCAACAAUAUCGAAAACAUAUCUUACGAAGAAGUAAGUUCGGACAUUAUAUCUUUACGAGCGUUUAGCGAAGAAACGAUUCGUAAAUUAGAAAUCGAACGCUCGCAACGAUUUAACCUAGAAUAUAAACUUGAACAAGCAGAAGAAAUGAAUCGUGAUUUAAAAAAACAUAUAAUAUGGCUACAAUAUCGACUCAACGAUGGAGAGCAAAACACUAAAAAAGGUUUUCCAAUCUCAGAUAAAAUGUCAAAAUGCAAAACAAUGAUUUCGUUAGACAAAAUGAUAACAGACGGUGACUUAAAAGCUGAUUCUGAAAAGGGAUACACAGAAACUACUAUAGGCCAUGUACCCGAAACACCAAAUCAACUCACAUCGAUAACAAAGCAAUGCAUUGAUGAAAAAGAAUCCACUGUUCUUGUUGAUUUACUUCAAAGAUUGAACAACAACGAAAGAGUGCAUUUCCUGAAAGGCUUAUCACAAAAUGAAGCGAAAGAAAAAACGCAGUGCUGUCAGAGUUGUGGUCACACUACAAAAACAACAGCAGCGGUUACGUUAAAUACUAUAAAUACAAAGAGUGAUAGACCAGGGAAAACAUUAUCAAAUUAUCGUGAAUUGUUUGCUGAGAUUUUUGAAAAGUUAAAAAUAUCACGAGAAAGUAUAAAUGAGAAAUAAAUACGAAGUUUGUAUUUACAGUUAAUUUAAAUCUUAAAAAAUAUUUACAUAUAAAAA